AUGCAGCUAAUCUCAAAGGGUCAUCACGGAUUAGGCAGAGUAAAAACAGUCCCAUUCCUCACCGCUCAUGCUGCAGUUAGACACGGUCACAUCGCUUCCGACCCAGCCCUAAAGCGGUUGUUCAAGGCUCCAAAGGCACGCCUUUAUAGUCCUUCUAUCUAUCGCAUUGUGGAUUACGUCGUCCUUGAGGCCAUGCUCAUUUUCGAGCGGACCAAUACCGUCGCGAAGUUUCAGAGAUCCCUUGGUCCAAUUCAUGAACACAUCGGAAAAUCGUCCGAAUUUGACAUGACUCCGGUUUCCCUUCCCCCACCUUGGGCAUCCCGAAAUGGGCUCACACGCCCAGAAAAUACUAUUACUUGUGCAUGA